AUGACUGAUCGAGAACCUAGGCUAUGGAUCAUUUCGACUGAGGUUUACAGCCUAGCUUGUGGCUUUUGGGCUAAAACCAGUCAAACCAGUUCUGCCAUACGCCCUACAUCCGCAGCGACGACCUUUUUCAAACCCAUUGAAUGCGGUCGAGACAGAGUCGAGUUCAUAGAUUCCGGUUUUGGGCACAUUGGGCACAACAAUCCAUGUGACCAUCUCCUGCAUGAAGCGAGGAAAGUGUUUCUCGAGGCCGAGAUUGGCUGCAGCGUCAGCAUUGGCACCGGCCUUACCGGUGCGAUCGGCGUCGAGGGCCUCACGAGCCCCACCGAUAUACUGAAGGCACUUAAGGAGAUGGCCAACCAGAUGGAAGCUGUACAUACCCGACUGGCUCAAGGGUAUGCGCGGAACCCCUACUGGCGGUUCAAUGAGGAUGUCACUGUGGGCGAACUAAAUAUGGACGACGACAAAAAGAUCAAAAAGAUUGCUGCCCAUACUGGAGUCUCCUUGAAUCAUCAAGUGUCAAGCUCCAAAUAA